CACCAUCAUCUCGGUGAUCUUUGAGCUCAAAUCCCAAAUUCUAAUCCACAAACACCACAAACUAUCAAAUGGCUCGUACUAAGCAAACUGCGCGUAAGUCGACAGGAGGCAAGGCCCCUCGCAAACAACUCGCUACCAAACAGACUAGAAAGAGUGUGGCGGCCGCCGCCACUGGAGGUGUGAAGAAGCCUCAUCGCUUCAGACCUGGUACGGUCGCCCUCCGUGAAAUUAGGAGGUAUCAGAAGUCUACCGAGCUGCUCAUCCGCAAGCUCCCCUUUCAGAGGCUCGUGCGCGAGAUUGCCCAGGACUUUAAGACUGACCUUCGCUUCCAGUCGUCCGCUGUUCUUGCCUUGCAGGAGGCUAGUGAGGCUUAUCUGGUAUCUCUUUUCGAAGAUACCAAUCUGGCUGCCAUUCACGCCAAGAGGGUUACUAUUCAACCCAAGGAUCUCGCUCUCGCUCGUCGUCUCAGGGGCGAACGUUCCUAAUCUAACGAUCUAACUAGCUAAAUGAUAACAUCGUUUCAUACAACGUUUCAUAGAAUUCAUUUGAAGUGCCUGUAUUUACUCUUACUUCGUUUACACCUGUUGUAGGAUUUACUUGUACUGUAUCCCUUCUUCCUUUCGAACGUAUGUCAGGACUUGAAAUCUAUAAAGUAACUCUUACUCUUACUUACUACCAGCGCAGAGAAUCAUUACUCUAAAUUUGCUUAUCUCAAAGCCAACUACCGAAGGUCAGCAGUUGACUGAG